AGUUUUCCCACCGAUUGUGUGUAUAGAAAACAAAAAUCGAAGGCAAAGGGUGAACAAAAUUAACUCCGGUUGAACCUGAUAAAAGGCAGACCGUUUGGAAAGAGAAAGGAAACAGGGAAAGAGUCGAGGGAGGAGAGAGUUAACAUAAGGAGAGCAGUCUCUUUUUCUUUCUUCUUCCCCCUCUCUGUUUCCUGUAUUGGAUACUCAUCAUCUUUGUCUUCUGCAGAGAUGAUUUCCUUAAAUGGGCCCGCUUUCAUGACAAUUUCGGGGAUUUCGAGGUGCUUGACACAGUCACAGUGUCAGCGGAAAUUUUCAGCUCCGUCGGUGGUUGCAGCCGUCAGCUCGAACGGCCGGCCCGGAGACCGAAAUGUGAACGUCGCGAUGGGGAGUGCUCUGAAGGAGAUGACUGAAACCGCCUCUGUCGUAGAGAAGGAGACCAAAUCCACCGUCACCGGCGGAGUUGGAGAUGUGUACGGCGAGGAUGCUGCCACCGAGGAUCAAACGACAACCCCUUGGACUGUCUCUGUUGCAAGUGGAUACACAUUGUUGCGUGAUCCACACUACAAUAAAGGCCUUGCUUUCAAUGAUAAAGAAAGGGAUGCUCACUACUUGCGCGGACUUCUUCCUCCCGUGGUUGUUAGUCAUGACCUUCAGGUUAAAAAGAUGAUGCACACUCUCCGUCAGUAUGAUUUACCAUUGCAGAGGUACAUGGCCAUGAUGGAUCUGCAGGAGAUGAAUGAAAAGCUAUUUUACAAGCUUCUUAUUGACAAUGUUGAAGAGCUUCUUCCAAUUGUCUAUACUCCCACUGUGGGUGAAGCUUGUCAAAAAUAUGGAAGCAUCUUUAGGCGACCUCAAGGCCUUUUUAUAAGCUUGAAAGAACGGGGGAGAAUUCUUGAGGUAAUGAAAAAUUGGCCUGAGAAAAAAAUUCAAGUCAUUGUUGUCACUGACGGAGAAAGAAUUUUGGGACUUGGUGACCUUGGUUGUCAGGGCAUGGGGAUACCUGUAGGAAAGCUCUCAUUGUAUACUGCUCUUGGGGGCAUUCGACCCUCUGCUUGCUUACCUGUAACCAUUGAUGUGGGUACAAACAACGAGAAGUUGCUAAAAGAUGAGUUUUAUAUUGGUCUCAGACAAAAGAGAGCAACUGGGCAGGAAUAUGCUGAACUCAUUGAUGAAUUUAUGGCUGCCGUCAAGCAGAUGUAUGGGGAGAAAGUGCUUAUUCAGUUUGAAGACUUUGCAAAUCAUAAUGCAUUUGAUCUUCUUGCAAAAUAUGGUCCUAGUCACCUUGUUUUCAAUGACGAUAUACAGGGCACAGCAUCUGUAGUGCUUGCAGGGCUUAUAGCAGCACUAAAGAAAGUUGGGGGCACAUUAGCUGAGCACACUUUUUUAUUCCUUGGGGCCGGAGAGGCAGGCACUGGUAUUGCUGAACUCAUUGCACUUGAGAUUUCAAAACAGACUGGAGCUCCCGUUGAAGAAGCUCGGAAGAAAAUAUGGUUGGUAGACUCCAAGGGGUUGAUUGUUAGGUCCAGGCUAGAGUCACUUCAGCAAUUUAAAAGGCCGUGGGCCCACGAACACGAGCCCGUAAAGAAACUUUUGGAUGCAGUCAAAGCAAUUAAACCAACAGUCUUGAUUGGAUCUUCUGGAGCUGGGAGAACGUUUACUAAAGAAGUCAUUGAAUCUAUGGCUUCCUUCAACAAGAAACCUAUCAUUCUUUCUCUCUCAAACCCAACAUCACAGUCGGAGUGUACUGCAGAAGAGGCUUAUACUUGGAGUAAGGGACGAGCUAUUUUCGCUAGUGGAAGCCCAUUUCCCACAUUUGAGUACAAGGGAAAGAUUAUAUCAUCUGGUCAGGCAAACAAUGCAUAUAUAUUCCCUGGGUUGGGUCUUGGACUGAUCAUUUCGGGCGCAAUCCGUGUACAUGAUGACAUGCUUCUUGCAGCCU